AUGUACGAUGAAGUUGAUGCAGCCUUGGACGAUUUCAGAGCUUCGACGACCGGUCCGAUGAAGUGGCGAGAAUUGAGAUGGAUGUAUCAGAUUGGCGUUGAAAUUAUCGGCCUCUCUCUGCUACUCCCAUCGCAACAAGAGUUGGUCGAAUAUCUGGGAGGUGUUGGCAGACAAUGCAUGACAACAAAUUGUUGGGAAACUCUCAUUGAACUGCUACUGGAACAUAAAGAUAGCAAGAAUGCUGGUGCUCGGUAG